GCGAGCGACCUUUUUCGAACCCAAAAGCAUUUUUAUCUGCAGCUGCCUACCAUCCCCCCCUAUAAGUUGGUUGCCUUUCCCAGGUCUAUCAACACCAUCUUCAGCGUCUCCCCGUACUUGAAGCAACCGAUGACUUGCCCAAACCCAAUCGCCUUCACGACAGAAUCAUAGUCCACGGCGUAAUACGAUCAUCUUCAAAUCGAAUUGGACAGACGCCACCAGUUAUUAGCAGUUCAAUCGUUGUAUGCAUUUUUCUGUAAGUUAAGUCCUUCACAAUGAUGCCGCAGAGGCCAAGACGCAGGUGUGAAGGAACUGCCAUGGGCGCCAUCAUUUUCGAUCUUCGCCCGGGCACCGGCAUCGGCCCUUUCUCUCUCGGAAUGCCUAUUUGCGAGGCCUUUGCUCAAAUAGAGCAGAAACCUAACAUUUAUGAUGUUGUUCAUGUAAAGUAUUAUGACGAGGAUCCUUUAAAACUUGAUAUUGUUAUUAGCUUUCCAGACCAUGGAUUUCAUCUUCGCUUUGAUCCUUGUUCACAGAGGCUGCGUCUUAUUGAAAUAUUUGAUGUGAAACGACUUCAAAUGCGUUAUGCCACAUCUCUGAUUGGUGGACCAUCAACACUAGCUACUUUUGUUGCUGUUUAUGCACUUUUUGGGCCAACAUAUCCUGGAAAGUAUGACAAAAACAGAGGAGUUUACACACUAUUUUACCCAGGAUUGUCCUUCGCUUUCCCAAUUCCCUCACAGUAUACAGAAUGUUGUUCUCAUGGACAAGCGGAAUUGCCUCUGGAGUUCCCAGAUGGCACAACUCCAGUUACAUGCCGUGUCUCAAUAUACGAUAGUUCCAGUGGUGGUAAGGUUGGUGUAGGAUCCUUGAUGGACAGGGCAACUCCUCCUCCUUUGCCUGCUGGAAGCCUAUAUAUGGAGGAAGUGCAAGUUCAGCUAGGGGAAGAGUUGUGGUUCACUGUUGGUGGCCAGCACGUUGCUUUUGGUUCUUCACCACAGGAUAUAUGGACCGAAAUGGGCCGCCCUUGUGGAGUUCACCAAAAACAGGUUGACCAAAUGGUGAUUCAUUCCGCUUCAGAUCUUCGGCCUCGUACUACCCUAUGUGGAGACUAUUUCUAUAAUUACUUCACACGUGGGUUAGACAUUUUAUUUGAUGGGCAGACUCAUAAAAUAAAGAAGUUUGUCUUGCAUACCAACUAUCCUGGGCAUGCUGAUUUUAAUUCUUACAUGAAGUGCAACUUUGUUAUCCACACUUCAGAUUUUGGUGGUUCAUUUCAUAAGGAUGUUAACUAUAAGCAUACUAUUACACCGAGUACGAAAUGGGAACAAGUUAAGGAAAUACUUGGGGACUCUGGCCGAGCUGCUAUUCAAACACAAGGCUCUACAAGCAAUCCUUUUGGGUCAACAUUUGUGUAUGGUUACCCAAAUGUUGCGUUUGAGGUGAUGAAGAAUGGACAUAUUGCUACUGUAACUCUCUUUCAGUCAUGAUGAUAUAAGUGGCAGCAGGCCUUUAGGAAAGGGACUGCCUGAUUUCUACAAGAAAGCAAGCUGGCUCUCUAAAGUUGAACACCCUGUGUGGAAGAGUGUCUGUAUAGUUGUGCUAUAUUGUACAGUUGCUAAUCUGUACAUGGUCUCUAAUUCAUGAAACAUGGGUACUUGAAUAUGUACAUAUGUGCUCAUAUAUAUUUAUAUAUAUAUAUUUAUAUAUUUAUUUAUUUAUUUAUUUAUCUGUAAAAUGACAUUCACUUAUCAGAGUGGGAUGUCUCUUUAGCUGUGUUGAUUGGACAGGGAAAAUUUCCACCUACUUGUUAGCGUAGUGAAUUUGAUUGAAAUGAUUCAAGUUGAUGAAUUUGUUUUUGAAGUAAUAGAAGUAGCUGAACUUGUUACAUAGUUACAUAUAUUCUUCAGCCUCGCAAUCAA